AGUCUUUAAAUACAAUUUGAGUCUCAAUCUGACAAAUAAUUCAAUGAGCAAAACAAGAAUUCUCACUUCUACCCUUCCACCAACCCCACCACUAUUCUCUUGGAGAGAAACAGACACAAUGAGAAGACUUCUCUUUACAUAGCCUAACAAGUCUUGCAUUCCCAUCCAUUACAUUGCCUUCUUCUUUCAUAAAGAAUUGGUUUUGAGAAUCUAAAUCAACAACUCAGAACUUCCUCCUACUGUCCUGUUUAGUGAGAAAAUAACAAACAGCGGCAUGGCAGCGUAUGAUGCUGUGACUUCACUUUUGCAUACCCUGGAUCAUCUAUCUCAAACUCAUACAUCACAUUCUCUUCUUUACAAAAAAGAGCAAACUGAAGUCCUCAGUGACAAGUACACCUUCCUUAAAACCUUUCUUGACGAUUUUACUAAUAUUUUCCAUGAAGAUAUAAAGAUGAAGCAUCUGGAAAGGAUGAUCCAAGAAGCUGCUAAUGGAGUGGAAGAUACUAUUGACUCACAUGUAUAUGAUAGCUCUGUCUUAGUACAAAGCAAGCGAGUACAAAGAAAGGCUGAUACAAUUUUUCAUCAAAACUUGGAAUAUGCAAUUGAGGAAAUUGGUUUGAUACAAAAAGAGGUUAUGAAAAAGAUAAAGGUCAACAAGUUCAACAGCAAAAUCUCUCAUUCAAGAGAUACUUCAUCUCAGAUCCCUAUGGAUCAAAAAGAUGUAAUCAUCGGACUAGAUGAAGACUUGCUAAAGAUAAAAGAUCGACUCAUCGUGCAAUCAUCAAGACUCGAAGUUGUCCCCAUUAUAGGGAUGGGUGGUAUAGGCAAGACCACACUGGCUAGAAGAGUUUAUGAUGAUUCCUUGAUUGCAUACCAUUUUUAUGUUCGAGCAUGGACAAAUGUAUCUCAAGAAUUUGACACUAGAGAAAUUUUUCUUGGUAUUCUUCGCUCCAUUGGCGUGGUCAAGGAUGAAGUAGAAAGAAACAGUACUAAUGAGCAAUUGGCUGAAAGAGUUUAUCGAAGUUUAAAAGGGAUGAAGUAUCUUAUUGUCCUAGAUGAUAUGUGGUCCAUCGAGGCUUGGAAGCAUGUGAGGAGAUCUUUUCCGGAUGAUCAUAAUGGAAGUCGAAUCUUGUUGACCACGAGGCUGGUAGAUGUUGCAUCUUGUGCUUGCUCUGGCAAUUCCCUUCACGAGAUGCGCUUUCUGAGUGUGGAGGAAAGCUGGAUUCUUUUACGCGAUAAGGUCUUUGGGAAUGGUAGUUACCCUCCGGAAUUGGAGAAAAUUGGGAGAUACAUUGUCCGUCAGUGUCAAGGGUUGCCACUUGCAGUUGUUGCAAUUGGUGGACUACUUUCCAAGAUGAGCAAGGAAACAAGUUCUUGGGAGAAAGUUGCAGAAAAGAAAGUCGUGAGAUCCCGGUCUGGAAGUUAAUAAAGUUAUGGAUUGCUGAGGGCUUCGUCAAGAAAGUUAAUCAUAAAAAAUCUAGAAGAUGUGGCAGAGGAAAAUUUGAGGGAGUUGGUUGAUAGAAGUUUGGUUUUGGU